AGACAUAAACUCCAUUGCCUGUUCUAGUCGUUGGGGAUACACGUACCAGUUACUAUCAAGAUCAAGAUAUGUGGGGUGGAGGACAAGAAUUAUUUGACAUUGAUGAACCGAUACCUCUUCUUCCACGAGCCAAAGUGCAGGUUGAUGAAGAGGAGAACCGCCGACAGAAGGAGGAGAGCGUCGGCGAACUCCUGAAGACUGUGGAGAAUGUGAGCAUAGCGAUUCCUGAACGGUUCGCAGAUCCGCCAAGCAUCUGCGAGGUCCCCGAGGAGCUCACGGAGGGCAGCAAUGGCGCCUACAUCCCCAAGGUCGUCUGCAUCGGCCCGCUCUUCGACAGCAAGCGCAAAACGGACAGGAUGGCCCGGCUGGAGCACUACAAGUGGUGCUGCGUCCGCAAGUUCAUCGUAGGGGGCCUGCACCCACCUGCUGCUGCCGGGACAUCGGAGUCAGAGGCCUGGUCGCCGGCGGUACACGAGCCGCUGCUUCGCGAAUGCAUGGACACGAUGACGCGGCUCCUGCCGCGAAUUCGUGCCUCCUACAACAGAAUGUCGUCCUCCAAGGACACGAGCGACGAGGAGCUGGCGACGAAUGUGCUUCUCGACGGCUGCUUCAUCCUCCAACGCCUGCUCAAGUACGCCCGAAUGGCCAAAAGAUCUUCCAGGGAAGGAAACGACGAGGACGAUGACUGGGCCCAGCUAAUCGGCCGGAAAUGGGUCUGGGGAACCGUGAAGCGCGACCUACUUGUGCUUGGAAACCAGGUUCCCUUCUUCGUCAUUCAGAAGCUGUUCAAGCACCUGGGGAGAAAGAGCAAGAGCAACAUCUGUGAUGGCGAGCGUGACGGUGACAACGACAUCCUCCUCUACGACGGCCUCCAGCUAUUUAGCUCGUUCCAUCCUCGCCCGCUGCACGCCUCGCCCAUCGCCAGGCACGACGUGCACCACCUCCUCCACCUGUUCUACCUCUCCAUCGACCUCCCCCGCUCCUCGCCUUGGCACCGUGACUCCACCCGCGGCCAGGGGCCCCCGCAGAGAAAGUCCGCGCUGCCGCCAGACCUAACGUGGUGGGCGCCGAGCGCCAAGGAUCUGGACGCGGCUGGCGUUCGGAUCCGUGCACGCGAUGAUGGCACCGCCACCAGCUUCCUCGACUUGAAGUUCCACCGAGGCGUCCUGGAGAUCCGCCGCUGA